UUGAGCAACUAAUAAAACAGCGUCUUGAGUUUUAUAUUGAAAGUAAUCAUAUCCUUCCAAGAAAUCAAUUUGGGUUUCGUCGUGGUCGAUCAGCAAGAGAAAGUAUAGGUCAUCUCUUCCAUGAUAUUAACACUGCCAUUAACAGUAAUAAACAUCUUAUAUGUAUCUUUUUUGAUAUUGUAGGCGCAUUUAAUAACAUUAACCAUUCAGUUUUAUGUACAACUCUUUCUUCUUUGGGAAUACCUGAAAAAUGCGUAAGGUGGAUUCAUGAAUUCAUUAGUGGAAGGGAAGUUUAUGUAAAAAUUAGCUCUAAUUCAAUUUUUGGACCCAGAUUAUCUACUAAAGGCGUUUGUCAAGGUGGUAUUUUGAGUCCUCUUUUGUAUAUACUUUAUAUCCAUAGGCUAAAUGAAAUGUUAGGAUCAGAAGUAAACAAUUUACAGUUUGCUGAUGAUUUGGCUAUUUAUUGCAGUGGUGAUAACAUCUCAGACACAAGUAAAAAACUAAAUUUAGCUUUAAAAAAACUUCAUAGUUACUUUCAAUAUUUAAAUCUAGAAGUUAGCCCUACUAAAAGUAAAAUAGUUGUAUUCUCAAAGAAAAAAGUUUCAACAGUUAAGAUACAGUAUAAUAAUAAUUUGAUACCAAUUCAUCCAUUUGCAAAAUUUCUGGGAGUAAUAUUUACUCAUAACCUGUCUUGGUAUAAAUAUGUCGAUUGCAUAGCAGAGCGAGCUCUACGUUCUACAAAUAUUUUGAGAUCUUUGGUUGGCACUCAGUGGGGGGCCGAUUCCAAGAUUCUUUUAACUUUAUAUAAAGCCCUAGUUCGAAGUCACUUUGACUAUAGUUUUUUCUGUUACUGCAUAGAUUCAAAAUUAGUAAGUAAACUUGAAAAGAUUCAAAAUAUUAAUUUAAGAUUAAUUUUGGGUGCCUUUAAAUCAACUCCUAUUAACUCAAUGCAAAUUGAGUGUAACUUGUGUCCAUUAAAUAUCAGAUUUAGUCAUUUAAAAUACAAUUUUAUUCUAAGAUUGUUGUCUGAAACUGACAAUCUUCUUCUUUCCAAACUAUUGAAGUAUAAUUCUUAUCAUUUCCUAUGUCAUAACAUCCAACAGAUUUUAACAUUUAAGAGUGAAUAUAAUAUUCACAAUAGUACCACCUUGCCCUGCUAUGGGGGAACAUAUGGAAGCAAAUUUUGUAGCCUUAACAUUGAAAUAGAUAGGACACUGACUGACAAAUAUGCUGUUUACAAUAGAUUGGAUGAAUACAGAGACUUUAAGCAAAUUUAUACAGAUGGCUCUAAAUGUAUCGAUAACGUUUCUAUGGCAUAUUAUGUUCCUGAUUAUAAAUUGGGUCAUGGCUUAAGAUUACCUUCUAACGCAAGCAUAUAUACAGCAGAAGCUCAGGGCAUUUAUGCAGCCUUAGAAUACAUAGAAGCAACUAACCUCAAUUUCAAGAAAUGGUUGAUAAUUUCGGACAGCAUGAGUGUAUUAAUGGCUUUAUCAAAUCCUUCCUAUAGUAGUGGCACAAAUUACAUCAUAUACAACAUCAGGCAGAUUUAUAGCAGGCUUUGGCUCAAUCAAGACAGAGAAAUCCGCUUUAUUUGGACACCUUCACACAUUGACGUUUCGGGUAAUGACCUCGCUGAUAAACUUGCCAGCUCCAUAGUAAAAAAUCCCAAUAUCCAACAAAUACCUAUUAAAAAUAUUAAGUUGCCAGGUUCGGACUGCAAAGUUUUAAUCAAGACUAUUAUAAAAGACCAAUGGAUGACUCAUUGGCAUGAAACAAUCCAAAGUAAAGGAAAAUGGUAUAGCUCUAUCAACUCCGACAUUACUCAACCCUGGUUCAUCAAAGGAAAAUUUAUAAACAGAAACUUUUAUUCAACUAUUUGUCGUUUAAGACUUGGACAUGGCAGAUUCAAUGAACACCUUUUUAGAUUAAAAAUGAUACCUUCCCCAAAUUGCACAUACUGUAAUAACGAUAUAAUUCAAUCCCUGGAUCAUAUAUUUUUUGAUUGCUCUGCAUUUAAUCUACAAAGGAUUAUUCUUAUUGACAAUUUACUGGAUUUAUACAAAGAAGCCCUGGAUGUCCCGCGCUCUAUUCAGGAUCUUCUCAAGAAUACGGAUACAUUCUACCCCAUUUAUGACUUCAUCAAGAAUACGAUUGGAGUUAUUUGAAAAAAUAACAAAUACCGGAAAAUACACAGUACCCUGAUAUAACGAUACACAACGAUAGACAAGGCUAUAAGCCUCGACAAUAUAAUACUAAAGACUUGGUUUCGACCUUAUAUUUACAAGAAAAUUUGAAGAUUACAACGAAAGACAAGGCCUUUGGCCUCAAACAAAAUCACAUAGAAGACAAAAUUAAAUAAGACCAGGCGGUAUGGGAUAAUGCCCUUAGCCUUUUCCGUGAAAAGGAAAAAAAAUAACCAAAAAAAAAA